AUGCCGCACCUGUCGACCACGCCACGGAGGUGGAGUACGGUUAAGUGCGAUAUAGCGCCACCAGGCCGCAUCGGCCACGCUUUCUGCGCUAACGCCGAUGGGAGCAAGGCAUACGUCUAUGGUGGCGUUAAUGAUACUGAGGAUAGCUCGUCAAAUUACUUGGACGACUUAUGGGAGUAUAAUGUGCUACAGAAAAAAUGGGUCCGAAAGAUCCUCACAGGAACUUUGCAAAGCCCGCGCGCCUUCCACACGGCGGUGUGGUAUCGAGAUCGGGUUUUUAUCUUUGGUGGGUGUAAUGGGAGGGGGCGCUUUAAUCAGCUUUUCACCAUUGACGCCGAGGGGGUUUGCGGGCCCGUGAAUAUCCCCCUGUCGGCCUCGGUACCUUCCACUCGCUAUUGUCAUAGUGCUGUCCUCUUUGAGGGAUGCAUGUAUGUCUUUGGCGGGAAAUGUGGUGGGCGAAAUAGCAAUAAACGUCUUAGCGACCUCUUCAUGUGCUCCCUCGACUCUCCGACGUGGAUAAAAUGCCAACAAAUUGGGGAGGUGCCGCCCUCACGGUCUGCCCACACCUCUCUCACGCAUGAACGCACGAUGAUGGUUUUCGGAGGUCGUAAUGCCGAGGGGGAGUGUUGUGAGGACUUUUACAUGUACCACUUCGACACAAGCGUGUGGAGAAAGAUUAUUUCAAAUGGGCCUAUGCUCUUUGGUAGAGCCCGCAAUAGUGCUGUGGUGCAUCAUGGAAGCGUCUACGUCUUUGGCGGUUGGAAUGGAAAGAAAAAACUUAACGAUUUGUUUGUCUACAACGUCGAGGCAAACAUAUUUGAGCAAGUAUAUGAUCAGGAAUGCCCGUCUAGGCGGGAAUGUCAUAUGGCUGUCGCCUGCCGUAACACAAUGGUCGUAUUUGGGGGCCGCUUUAGAGGCCAUUUUAUGAACGACACUGUGGAAUUGUAUUUCGGGCCAAAGACAGCAACCAAUGCGAUUAGAGAUUGGUUAAUAAAGGCGGAUAUGCCACGCGAAAUGGCCAAUAUGUUGCCCUCGAGAAUGAGGGAUUCAUUUUUGAUUCAUCAUCAAUUUCAAAAAAGGAUUAGGGUUGAUUUCUAG